GAGAGGACGUUGCGUGCUCGCUCGCGCCAGGCGAGUCUCCGCGUCUCCCUCGCGAACUCGGUGAAAGGAAUUGGCGCCGUUCGACACCAGGCGGGUCCGCUCUGCAGCACGAACCCACCUCCAGCCGCAGCCGCAGCCGCCGCCCGGGCCGAGGAGCAGCCGCAGCAGCCGCCACCAGUGGCCGAGUGAGCGGAGCCGAGUUUGAGCCAGCGCCUAGCGGUGAAUCGGGGCCCUCACCAUGAGUUCCUCGCCUGUUAAUGUAAAAAAGCUGAAGGUCUCGGAGCUGAAAGAGGAGCUCAAGAAGCGGCGCCUUUCCGACAAGGGUCUCAAGGCCGAGCUCAUGGAGCGACUCCAGGCCGCGCUGGACGACGAGGAGGCCGGCGGCCGCCCCGCCAUGGAGCCCGGGAACGGCAGCCUAGACCUGGGCGGGGAUUCCGCCGGGCGCUCGGGAGCAGGCCUCGAGCAGGAGGCCGCGGCCGGCGGCGACGAGGAGGAGGAGGAGGAGGAAGAGGAGGAGGAAGGGAUCGCCGCGCUGGAUGGCGACCAGAUGGAGCUAGGGGAGGAGAACGGGGCCGCGGGGGCGGCCGACUCGGGCCCGAUGGAGGAGGAGGAGGCCGCCUCGGAAGACGAGAACGGCGACGAUCAGGGCUUCCAGGAAGGGGAAGAUGAGCUCGGCGACGAGGAGGAAGGCGCGGGCGACGAGAACGGGCACGGGGAGCAGCAGCCUCAACCGCCGGCGACGCCGCAGCAACAGCCCCCACAGCAGCGCGGGGCCGCCAAGGAGGCCGCGGGGAAGAGCAGCGGCCCCACCUCGCUGUUCGCGGUGACGGUGGCGCCGCCCGGGGCGAGGCAGGGCCAGCAGCAGGCGGGAGGUAAGAAGAAGGCGGAAGGCGGCGGAGGCGGCGGUCGCCCCGGGGCUCCGGCGGCGGGAGACGGCAAAACAGAGCAGAAAGGCGGAGAUAAAAAGAGAGGUGUGAAAAGACCUCGAGAAGAUCAUGGCCGUGGAUAUUUUGAGUACAUUGAAGAGAACAAGUAUAGCAGAGCCAAAUCUCCCCAGCCACCUGUUGAAGAGGAAGAUGAGCACUUCGAUGACACAGUGGUUUGUCUUGAUACUUAUAAUUGUGAUCUACAUUUUAAAAUAUCAAGAGACCGCCUCAGUGCUUCUUCCCUUACUAUGGAGAGUUUUGCUUUUCUUUGGGCCGGAGGAAGGGCAUCUUAUGGUGUGUCCAAAGGCAAAGUCUGUUUUGAGAUGAAGGUUACAGAGAAGAUCCCAGUAAGGCAUUUAUAUACAAAAGAUAUUGACAUACAUGAAGUUCGGAUUGGCUGGUCACUAACCACAAGUGGAAUGUUGCUUGGUGAAGAAGAAUUCUCUUAUGGGUAUUCUCUUAAAGGAAUAAAAACCUGCAACUGUGAGACUGAAGAUUAUGGAGAGAAAUUUGAUGAAAAUGAUGUGAUAACAUGUUUUGCUAACUUUGAAAGCGAUGAAGUAGAACUCUCCUAUGCAAAGAACGGGCAAGAUCUUGGCAUUGCCUUCAAAAUCAGUAAGGAAAUUCUUGCUGGAAGGCCACUCUUCCCGCAUGUUCUCUGCCACAACUGUGCAGUUGAAUUUAAUUUUGGUCAGAAGGAAAAGCCAUAUUUUCCAAUACCAGAAGAUUAUACUUUUAUCCAGAAUGUCCCCUUAGAGGAUCGAGUUAGAGGACCAAAGGGGCCUGAAGAGAAGAAAGAUUGUGAAGUUGUUAUGAUGAUUGGCUUGCCCGGAGCUGGGAAAACCACCUGGGUUACUAAACAUGCGGCAGAAAAUCCUGGUAAAUACAACAUUCUCGGAACAAACACCAUAAUGGAUAAAAUGAUGGUGGCAGGUUUUAAGAAACAGAUGGCUGAUACUGGAAAACUGAACACGCUGUUGCAGAGGGCUCCACAGUGUCUCGGAAAGUUUAUUGAGAUCGCUGCCCGUAAGAAGCGAAAUUUCAUUCUGGAUCAGACCAACGUGUCUGCUGCUGCCCAGAGGAGAAAAAUGUGCCUGUUUGCAGGCUUCCAGCGAAAAGCUGUCGUAGUUUGCCCAAAAGAUGAAGACUAUAAGCAAAGAACACAGAAGAAAGCUGAAGUAGAGGGGAAAGACCUACCAGAACACGCUGUCCUCAAAAUGAAAGGAAACUUCACGCUGCCAGAGGUGGCCGAGUGCUUUGAUGAAAUCACCUAUGUUGAGCUGCAGAAGGAGGAAGCCCAAAAACUUCUGGAGCAGUAUAAGGAGGAGAGCAAAAAGGCCCUGCCGCCGGAAAAGAAACAGAACACCGGUUCCAAGAAGAGCAAUAAAAAUAAGAGUGGCAAGAACCAGUUCAACAGAGGCGGCGGCCACAGAGGACGUGGCGGGUUCAACAUGCGCGGCGGGAGUUUCAGAGGAGGAGCUCCUGGGAAUCGCGGUGGUUACAACAGGAGGGGCAACAUGCCGCAGCGAGGCGGCGGCGGUGGCGGCAGCGGCGGCAUCGGCUACCCGUACCCUCGCGGCCCCGUGUUCCCCAGCCGAGGCGGUUACUCGAAUAGAGGGAACUACAGCAGAGGCGGGAUGCCCAACAGAGGGAACUACAACCAGAACUUCAGAGGACGAGGAAACAAUCGUGGCUACAAAAACCAAUCUCAGGGCUACAACCAGUGGCAGCAGGGUCAAUUCUGGGGUCAGAAGCCAUGGAGUCAGCAUUAUCACCAAGGAUAUUAUUGAAUACCCAAAUAAAACGAACUGAUACAUAUUUCUCCAAAACCUUCACAAGAAGUCGACUGUUUUCUUUAGUAGGCUAACUUUUUAAACAUUCCACAAGAGGAAGUGCCUGCGGGUUCCUUUUUUAGAAGCUUUGUGGGUUGAUUUUUUUUCUUUUCUUUUUUGUACAUUUUUAAUUGCAGUUUUAAAGUGAAUCGUAAGAGAACCUCAGCAUUGUGCACGAUAAGAGAAUGUGUCAGUAUUUCAGGGUUCUACAUUUUAUCUGUAAAAUGUGACUUUUUUUUUUUUUUAUCACAACAAAAGUAAAAUGUUGCUUUGUACCUGGUGUCUUUUAUUAAGAAUUUACUCCCCCCAUUUCUCACAGAGAUAACAGUCGGGAGUCAUUGUCACAAUAUAAUAGAAAUGUUAGCAACCAGAUUCAUGGGAGGACCGCGCAGUCCUCAUGAAUCACCUGAGACUCUGUACUGCUCCUAGAACACUCCAUCCUCUCUGUAGUUUGCCGAGCGGCGGAGGGGGAAGCUUCCAUCGUAGUUCCUGACCAUAACUGGGAAGUCUUUUUCUUUGUUUUUUUUUUUUAAAUAACAACGGAAUUGGCCUAAUGGGGAACGAAGAGAAAACUUGGAACCAAGAGAGAGAAGAUGGAGUGUACGUAGAAGGGCUGUUCAAAAUGUAAAACUUUGGUUGCAUUAUUUGUGGAGGCUCAAACUUGUGAAGGUUCAAUACCAUAAUUUUUCCAUUUGUUCUGCAUUUUGAUUCUGAAAAGAAAGCUGGCUUUGCCCAUUUCUUAUUAAAAAAACUUGUUGUAAAUCCAGUUGUCUAAUGGGAUCUAUAUGAAGUUAGCUAUGUCUGUAUGCCCUUCUCCCACAAAAUACUGUAUCACUAGUGUGCUUGUAGUACUUUACUCCACCAUCUUUGUAAGCUAAUGAAAUUGUGAGUCACCCAUUUAUAUCUUAAUUUUUAAUCAUGUCAGUUCUUGAAUGGGUAUCUCCUUAGCCUGCUGAUUUCUUUUUCUUUCUAAAGAAAGUGGGUGGAGAAAUUAAUUUAGACGUUUGUUUGCAAUAAAAAGAAUUCAUUUUACUCUCGUUUUGGGAUUCUCGCCAUCAAGGUUCAAAAUCCCUUUAUAAAACUCCCAAGAGGAGGAAAUUUAAGUGUGUGCUUUCUGGACAGCUUAUUCUGUACUCCGUACUUCGAACAUUUAGGUUUUAAAAACUUAAAUGUAUACUGACAAUUGAGUUUUAAUUACGAAGUAAAGUUGAAUCCUUCCUUCCCCUCCCCCCCCAGACGACUUAACAUUUAAUGAGGGGAAAAGGUGUACUGGCUGGGAGAAGUUAACACUCAGUUUACCAUCUUUACGAAAUGCUAACGGCUGUCCUCGAGAGAAUAUCUUAAUACGCAUAUAUCUUAAUACGCAUAUAUCUGAUACGUGAGACUCUGGGAACAGAUGCUUUUAGAAGCCAUCGUACAAGCCAGUCCUUGAUUUCACGACUACACAACACUGCUAACUUAACUGUAGCUAUGUGACCGCAUUAGAUCCCCUAAUUGUAAUUCUAUUGGGUUUGCACAGAACACUUAAUCUUCUAAAGGACCCUCACUGAUGUGAAGUGAGGAAUCAGGAGUCAAACUGUAGAACUAAAACUUGACUUCAGUCUAGCGUUUUGUUGGUGUUUUAGGUUGCUUCUGGUAAGUUGAGGUUUGUCUGUAUUUUCUUCUGUUUGCUUAGAUUUUUGUUUUAGCCAUCUUCAAUCAGAUUUUUCACUUCUUCAUACUCCUAGGAAUUCUGCCACAAGCGGAGCGGGAGUGGAGUUUUAGCUGGUGGUGUAGGUUUAAGUUGAUACAUUUUGGGAGCGGAGGCUAAUCCUGGAAUUCCGGUGAGAAUACUUAACGGGACAAGGUAGCGUCUCAAGGGUUUUUGUUUUUUUAGCAGUUAGCUUUAGUGCUGGCAACCACUGGCAUUAACUGUUAUAUCAGUACACAUUGUAAUUACGAGGAUUGCAUAGUAGACCUACCCAGGGCAAAAAUUUGUUUUCAGCUUUGUUGCUAAUCAGUGUUCUGGGUACGUUUGAAACAUCUUGGAUCUUACCUUCUAGUUGAAAACUGCUUCCCGAGGAGUUCAUACUCUAACGUGAAUCGUGGUGGGGGCGUAAUGGCCAAAUAAUACUGUUGGGUAGACUGUUCUCCCUUGGGUAGUCCAGAGAAGUUUGGGAAGACCAGUGGAAUAGAUAAAAACACUGUCCAGGAAUAUGUUAAAAUUUCCAGCAGCAGUCUCCUCAAGAUUAGAACUAAAUAUGCCUGGAAAGGAAUAAUCUUCGUGUUUAAGGAACUGGGAAGGAGGAGCGUAUCAGAUAGCAAGCAAAAGGGAGAAAAAGAAGAAACGCCAUUUGGCAGAGUAGGGUCUGUAAACGAGAAACUUGGCUUCCUGCUUGCCCCUCCUGUAGCCCGUCCCUCUGUGGCGAGCAAAACCGAAGAAACAAAAGACCUAGUUGGGAACAAAUGUCUCCGCUCCACCGGUGAGAUUGCUGUUGGUUUAGUGGUACUUCCCCUAGAAAGUUUUGCAGGUGGUCCUGUCCUCCUGAGUGAGGUGUUGGAUCAGAUUGGUGAGCUCCAGCGGUGUGAGAAGUGCAGGAAUAGGUUAAUCAGGAAAGAUGGCAAAUCACUGUAAGAAAUGAAGUAACCGCUCCUGUCCUGUAGAGCAUUUGCUUUGCUGCUGGUGGGUUCUGUCUUGUGGCUCCUGUUUGGCCUUUGACGUGGAGGUCUCUGGCUUGGACCUAGGAGGUCAGGACUAACUUGUGGCCCCUUCCUGGCCAGACAGUAAGAUGAAAUCUUAGAAUGCAGCACGAGUGAAGUCCAUCUGACCAAAGGAAGCCUCAUUAAAUCCACAAAACCAGAAGCUCACACUUGGCCAGGGUAGAUUCUGUCUGAAAAUGACCAUGUCCUGAGCACUGACAAGGUAUUAAAGCUUCCUAAAGACUACUUGCGUUGACAAAGUACUUAAAAUUUUUCCAGGAGAAGUAAUACUUAAGUAUGUUUUCCACCUUCGGGAGAAUUUACAUUCAUGGAGAUGUGUUCUGCAUCCAAUGCUUGCCUCAGUUGUGGGAAUCAAUGUGUUUUUCUGUGCGCUUAAUAUAAUUUGGCUGUUUGUCCUUAGGACCAUUUUCAUAAUAGGUCCCGUCGCACAAAUAAAAACGAAGUAUUCCCAUACCUUUUUAAGCUUGGGAUAGACUUUGGUCACCUACAAAAAACUGAUUAUAGGUCUGUAGGAAUAUAUCUGGUACUUUUGAAAAAGCCAAAACCAGAAUAAGCUACCAAGGAAGGCAUAAACCUGUCUUUCAUAGCCCAAGUCUUAGUGUCUGGUAAUGUAACCUUAAAAACCGUUUCCACGACUCCCUUUGUACGCGUAAGUAUAAAGUGUCUUUUUUAAAAGUGGGUGGAUGUAGCAGAGAAUAAUUGGCCACUCCCACCCCCCCGAAUAUUCCUUGAACUACUCUGGAAAGAGGAGUACAGCAUUCUUUUCUAAAGCCGUGUGUACCUAAGUAUUUAAAAUGGUUUGAGUCUAAACUUUGUCGUCCUUUGUUUCUGGGGCUCUGAGAAAUGGUGUAACGUUUCAGUAAUGGUAGAGAGCAAAGAUACGUAGCGUUAAGGGCCUUGGCAAUAGGUCACGAAGGUUACGCCCGGGGCGUUAAAGGGGACGGUAAAUUGGUAUUUAGACUAACUGCGUUAGCUGUCUAAAUAGUUUUAGUCCCCUUCAACCGGUCUCUUCGAACUCGAAUGGUUAAUUUCAUAAACUUACCUAAAACCAUAAUGCCCUUCUGCUACGCGGAGCCUUCUGUUUGGAUUUAGGUUUGAAUUUUCGGCCCUUUUCUUCAAGUCUGCAGUAAAACACUCGGGGGUCGUAUGUGUAGCCAGGUUAGUGGUUGAGUUUUUCUUGAGGUUCCUCUGAGGCCCAGUGUAUUUUAUACCCUGGUGCCAGCACCGCAGGUACGUGAUAGACAAAUACUAAAAAUACUUUAUGGUGGCUAGCUUGUGUUGAAGCGAGUGACCUUAGCCUUCCUCCUCUUUUUUACUCACCUUGCUAUCUAAGGUAAACCCUUCAGAAUUGUGAUGGAAGUGACCUAAAGGCGUGCUGAUUGACACAGUGUAUGUCUCUUGAGUGCGUUGGGGUAGACAAAAAGAAAAACCAGGAUCCCCAAGUCCCUUAAUAUCCCGAAGUUUAAAUCCUGUAUAUGUGACAUUGAAUAGUUGAAAUCACCUACUUAAUAGCCAAUUGUUGUUUCUGCUAAAAAUGUACGCUACUUUAUUUGGUGGUUAUACUUAGUCGAUUUCAACGUGCAUGCGGCUGGAGACCCCAUACGAGCACUUAAGAUCCGUAGGAGAAGGCCAACAGCAUGCGCAUACAUUAAGUGACAGACGUCACAUCCUAACCAGUUGACUAAAAUUACAGGCGAUUGAGUACGUCUGAUUAGUUGGUCCAAGGAACUUAAUUUAGUCUGUAAGGCUCAGUAGAUUGUAAAUACUAUAGUCCUAAUGUCAACCGGAGUUAUUUUAAAAAUGUUAACAGCUCUGUAUUUUGUGAAGUUAGGUUGUGCCGUCCACGUGGAAAGCGGAAUAACUACAAUUUCUUGGCAUUGCGUAGCUCCUGGGGCAUUCAGUUGUGAUUGUAGAGCAGUUACUUGUAGGGGAACAGAUCAUCGAUAGGCGCUACUUGGUUAGGGAGGUUAUUGGGACAAGGACCUUAACUGUGUGUUUCAGUUUGUACUUAACUUUAAUUAUUGCCUAGGAAUAUUACAAUUUUUUUCUCCCUUUUCGUGCCAGGAUUCAACGUAUACUUGCAUCUUGACAAGGAACAGGGGGGGUUUUGGUUUUAAAGCUGGAUGGGUGGGUAUGAGAAACUACAUUCUAUAGUUGAAAGCGAGGUGGUAACGACAGUCUAGGUAAAUAGAGAAAUGUCUUGGGGCAGAUUCGCUUCGUUUUGGCUGCACCGCCAGUGGCGUUGCCGUCCCAGUGGCGGAGCACGUUCUCUGGAGCAUGCGCAGCUCCGACUGCAUAGGCCAGGGAGCCAACGUGUCUAAAUAAACACUGAACUGUUGUUUAUGGCAUGCUCUUCCCUGCCAGUCCUUUAACAGUCCAGGCGCUCACCGGAAGUAAAAUCCGCUUUGUACAGUGAAAUUUUCUGCACUUGCCAAGCACCUGAGAAGCAUACUCAACACGUUAGGGUCAACGAAAAAAAAAUUAAAAGGCCAAGAACAGCGAGAUGGCCAGUAUGGUUGGCCAACCUGUGACGGAAACGUUGUGAAGUAUUAAGGCUUACAGACAGGUGAGGGAAAAUUCAGAAGAAGGUACUUCAGAAGAAGGAGCGGGGCUUUUACUAGAAUGGCAAUUAGCAAUUUUUUUAGGUAGCUAGUAAUAGAAGGUGUCCUUACAUUUCAGUGGUCUAGUUGAAGGGAGUGGGAGCGUCAUGGUCAAGUACAACGAAAGGUUCCAGCUUUAUGUAUCUUUUUUUUUUUU